AUUCAUCAGUUGAAAUUCAUAUCAACGAAACAUGUUUUCCAAAGUGGUAGUUCUCUGCGCCCUGGUGGCUGUGUCGUCAGCUGGUCUUCUCCCAGCUGCCGUUCACUACUCUUCAGCUGCGGCUGUCUCUUCCCAGAGCAUUGUCCGUCAUGACCAGCAACAAGCCAAGCUAGCUAUCGCCGCCCCUGUAGCUUACCAAGCUGCCCCAGUCUACCACGCUGCUCCUGCCCCAGUUGCCUACCACGCUGCUCCUGCCCCAGUUGCCUACCACGCUGCUCCUGCCCCAGUUGCCUACCACGCUGCUCCUGCCCCAGUUGCCUACCACUCCGCCCCAGUUGCCUACCAAACUGCUCCAGUACACUACGCCGCUCCCGUCGCUAAGGUCCUUGCUCACGAAGAAAUCGCUUACCCCAAAUACGAGUACUCUUACUCCGUGGCUGACCCCCACACCGGUGAUGACAAGCAGCAACAGGAGGUCCGCGACGGUGAUGUUGUAAAGGGCUCUUACUCUUUCCACGAAGCUGAUGGCUCCAUCAGAACCGUAGAGUACUCCGCUGAUGACCACAGCGGUUUCAACGCAGUCGUCCACAACACCGCUCCCACCGCCGCCCCAACCCUAGUCAAGGCCGCACCUGUCCUCCUUAAAUCUCCCGUCUACGCUGCACCCGCUCACUUGGUAGCUCUCUUCGCUCUGGUGACAGUGUCGUCGGCUGGUUUACUGCCAGCUGCCGUUCACUACUCCUCCGCUGCGGCCGUCUCUUCCCAGAGCAUUGUCCGUCAUGACCAGCAACAAGCCAAGCUAGCUAUCGCCGCCCCUGUAGCUUACCAAGCUGCCCCAGUCUACCAUGCCGCUCCCGCUCCCGUCUACCACGCUGCUCCAGUUCCAGUGACCUACCACGCUGCUCCUGCCCCAGUUGCCUACCACUCCGCCCCAGUUGCCUACCAAACUGCUCCAGUACACUACGCCGCUCCCGUCGCUAAGGUCCUUGCUCACGAAGAAAUCGCUUACCCCAAAUACGAGUACUCUUACUCCGUGGCCGACCCUCACACCGGUGAUGACAAGCAGCAACAGGAGGUCCGCGACGGUGAUGUCGUAAAGGGCUCCUACUCUUUCCACGAAGCUGAUGGCUCCAUCAGAACCGUAGAGUACUCCGCUGAUGACCACAGCGGUUUCAACGCGGUCGUCCACAACACCGCUCCCACCGCCGCCCCAACCCUAGUCAAGGCCGCACCUGUCCUCCUCAAAGCUCCCGUCUACGCUGCACCCGCUCACCAAUACUACCACUAAGAACUUACUAUUAGUAGUAGCUCUGACCAAAUGAUUAUUGACUAUUUAUUUAAA